GCAUCAUAAUUUUUAAUUCUUUCUAUUUUCAAUUUCCUGCUCUAUAGAUUCUUCAUUCUUUCUCAGUGGCUCAUAUCCUCUGAUUAACCAAAACGCACACAAGAAGAAGAGGAGAAGAAAAACAAAGGCUACGAAGAUUGAAAAAAUCAUUCUUCUGUAAAAAAGAAGGAGAAGAAGAAGUAUUCACAUUUACAUUGCAUAGAUUCUGCUGUUGUUUGUUUUUUAUUGGCAAAAUGGUUUUGGGGUUAAGCUCCAAGAACAGAAGAGGUUCAUCGAUACAAGUUGAUUACCUGAUCCACAUUCAUGACAUCAAGCCUUGGCCACCUUCUCAGUCCCUUAGAUCACUGCGCUCUGUUGUAAUUCAAUGGGAGAAUGGUGACCGCAACUCUGGGACAACAAAUGUCGUUGCUCCUUCCCUUGGAUCUGUCAUUGGCGAAGGCAAAAUCGAAUUCAACGAAUCCUUCAAGCUUCCUGUGACCUUGUUGAAAGAUGCGUCUGCUCGGAACAAGGGUGGUGAUGUUUUCUUCAAGAACGUCUUGGAGCUCAAUUUAUACGAGCCUCGCAGAGAGAAAACACAUCAACUCUUGGCAACUGCAACGAUUGAUUUGGCGGAUUAUGGUAUUGUCAAAGACAGUCUGAGCUUAACUGCGCCAAUGAACUGUAAAAGAAGCUACCGUAAUACCACUCAGCCUGUUUUGUUCCUCACUGUUCAGCCCGUUGAUAGACGCCGUGCCAGUUCUUCAUCUAGGAACAGCUCCAAGGACGAAGCUACAAACGGUUGUGAAUCUGUUUCUGCCUUGAUGAACGAGGAAUACUACAAGGAAGCUGAGAUCACAGACGAUGACAUUUCCUCCCAUUCCUCCUUGACGGUUUCGUCUUCAACUUUGGAGUCUAAUGGUGCUUUUUCUGUGCGAGCUGAAGAGGAAGAACAUGAGAGGGUUAACAAGAAUUCCACAGAAAGUGGCCACGAGAGAUCACAAUCAGUGUCUGAGAGCAGACAAGGAGAAAUUGCUGACCACAUUCCGUCACGUUCCUCAUCAGUGGAUCUAUCUUCUGUGUUUAAACUCCCGGUGGACAUUCCUGAUUCUGUACCCAACACUUCUGUGUCUGAGAUCGAGGACUGUGCUAAUGUGUUCAUAACGGAUACUAAUGAGAACUCUAAGCUGGUAAGCGGCAGCCAACACAAUGACGGAGAGACCAAGUCUAUGCCUUUCCAAAUUGAUGAUCACUCGGGAAAUGCUUCCCCUCGAGCUUCUGAGAAUAGCCAAGAUUUGACGAGUGAUCAGGAAUCAGAGAGUAGAGUUGAGAAAUCAAGAAAGGCUAAGUCUGUUCGAUCAUCCCUGGAUAUUUCCCGGAGCAAUAGCCGGUUGAGUCUAUCCAGUGAAAAAAAAGAAGCUAGGGUGUAUCCAAAGUCUACACGCGACACAACUUUGGAGAGCAAAGUCAAGAACUUGGAAAGUAAAGUAAAGAAGCUUGAGGGUGAGUUAUGCGAGGCUGCAGCCAUUGAGGCAGCUCUCUACUCCGUGGUUGCAGAGCAUGGAAGUUCAUCAACUAAAGUCCAUGCGCCUGCUAGACGUCUUUUGAGGCUGUAUCUUCAUGCUUGUAGAGAAAAGCAUCUUUCACGAAGAGCUAAUGCGGCUAAAAGUGCCGUCUCCGGAUUGGUUCUUGUCGCCAAAGCGUGCGGGAACGAUGUCCCUAGAUUGACAUUUUGGUUGUCAAACACUAUCAUUCUGAGGGAGAUCAUAAGUGAUGCUAAUGCAGAAGAGGAACUGCCUGUUUCUGCUGGUCCUGGACCAAGAAGAAGUAAAACUCAGAUAGAAGAAACUGAGAAACGAUCAUCGUUGAGGUGGAAAGAGUCUUCUCUAAGCAAAAAGGACAUUGAGAGUUUUGGUGCCUGGGAUGACCCUAAAACAUUUAUAACAGCGCUUGAGAAGGUCGAAGCUUGGAUCUUCUCACGGGUGGUUGAAUCCAUAUGGUGGCAGACUUUGACACCGCGUAUGCAGUCUUCGGCAGCAUCCAGUAGAGAAUUUGAUAAAGCCAAUGGUUCUGCCUCGAAGAAAAGUUUUGGUAGAACUCCUAGCUCUGUGAACCAAGAGCAAGGUGACUUCUCAUUAGAGCUUUGGAAAAAGGCUUUCAGGGAUGCACACGAACGUUUGUGCCCUCUGCGAGCUAGUGGGCAUGAAUGCGGUUGUUUGCCCGUGCCUGCGCGUCUGAUAAUGGAACAGUGUGUGGCUCGGCUAGAUGUCGCAAUGUUCAAUGCUAUCCUUCGUGAUUCUGACGAAAAUUUUCCUACAGACCCUGUCUCUGAUCCCAUUGGAGACUCGAGGGUCUUGCCAAUUCCUUGUACAACAUCAAGUUUCGGUUCUGGGGCCCAGCUGAAAAACUCGAUAGGAAACUGGUCCAGGUGGCUCACUGAUCUAUUCGGCAUCGAUGACGAAGAUGGUUGCAGCAGCGAUGAAAAUAGCUACGUUGAUAGAUCGUUCAAGACUUUCAAUCUUCUCAAGGCAUUAAGCGAUCUAAUGAUGCUUCCAAAAGAUAUGCUACUCAACAGUUCUGUGAGAAAAGAGGUUUGCCCAAUGUUUGGUGCACCGGUGAUCAAGAGAGUGUUGAAGAAUUUUGUCCCAGAUGAGUUUUGCCCUGACCCAGUUCCUGAUGCUGUACUUGAAGCUCUUGAAUCCGAGGAGGAAGCUGAGAAGGCUAUGAUCACAAGCUAUCCAUGCACUGCACCUCCUCUGGUGUACUCUCCACCUUCAGGGACUUCGAUCUCCGCUAUCCUUGGAGACUUUGGACAGCCUCAAGCGCCGCAGUUAUGCAGGAUCAGGUCUUCGGUUACAAGAAAAGCGUACACAAGCGAUGACGAGCUUGAUGAACUGAGUUCGCCGUUGGAUGUUGUUGUUCUUCAACAGGCGGGUUCCAAGAAGGUCAAUAAUGGCGGUGCAGAUGAGACAGUCAGGUAUCAACUUCUGAGGGAGUGUUGGACGAACCGCGAAUGAUCAGGCAUCGAUGUGUUUUGUAUUUUCAGUUCUCGCUUGCGACUGUUGUAAAUGUCUUUGUCAGUUCGUUGUUGUUGGUGUUGCGAUGUAUAGAACGUAGCACAAACUUUAUUCAAAAGUACCAGAGACAUGUUGGAGCCAAAUCUAGACUUGUAACGGUGAUCUAGAGGGUACAAAGAAUUAUCACGAAUAACAUUAAGUUAAGAGA